AUAGUAUAAAAAUCGAAACUAUCAAUUGAUAAAACUCGAGUCAAACACGGGGAGCGCUUGAGUAGUAUAUCUAAUCUAUCUGGGCUCACUAGUUUGCCAUUUUGCCAAUGUGUCAUGGUAUCGCCAACAGUACACUCUACAGUCUACAGAGUACAGACCAACUCAGUCUCGUUUUUGAGUCACGGCUUCGAGGUAUCUAUUGUGGAAGAGAAUACAAUCGUCACUGUUCAUCUCGUGUUGUACAUUCAGCUGUAAAAUGUUCUCUUUGGCAAAGUUAUCUUACUACACUUGCAACGAUGAAGAAAAGGAUUUUUACGACGAUUUGGAAACUUUGAAAAUUGAUAUACAACCCUGUUGUAUCGAUAUUAUGAAUUACCAGAAAAAAAAGUCAAAAUUAAAUAUUGUAGAUAAUGAUAUCGAAGUUAAAUAUAUGGAAGAUGAAGAUUACCCGAUGAGCGAAAAGGCCGCUGCAAGUGGUCAUUUAAUAUGUUUAGCGUUCACUGAAGUUUGCGGGUUCCCGUGGACACGAUCCGUACGCGCAAAUGCUGCUAAAAAUGAAAUUGAAUACAAUCGCUUUCGUUCAUUUGAUGAGGUCGUGUGCCAGGUAGCGGCCCUUAAUGGCCAACUGGAGUGUCUAGUAUACCUCCACAACAAUGGGUGUCUAUGGGACGAUAACACGUGUAAAGCCGCCGCAGAAGGUGGGCAUAUUGAUUUGUUGCGGUAUGCGCAUGAAAACGGUUGCCCGUGGAACGAGACCACGUGUGAGGCAGCUGCAAAACGUGGGCACAUGGACAUGCUGCGGUAUGCCCAUGAACACGGUUGUCCAUGGGACGUGAGAACGAGUAUCGCGGCCGCAACCUACGGGCACGUGGAUGUCUUGCGGUAUGCCCAUGAAAACGGUUGUCCAUGGAACGUGGACACGUGUAACGCAGCCGCAGGCUUCGGGCACAUGGAUGUCUUACGGUAUGCGCAUGAACACGGAUGCCCGUGGAAUGAAAUCACGUGUACCAUGGCCGCAAGCUCCGGGCACGUGGAUGUUUUGCGGUAUGCGCAUGAAAACGGUUGUCCAUGGAACGAGAACACGUGUGAGGCAGCUGCAAAACGUGGGCACAUGGACAUGCUGCGGUAUGCCCAUGAACACGGUUGUCCAUGGGACGUGAGAACGAGUAUCGCGGCCGCAACCUACGGGCACGUGGAUGUCUUGCGGUAUGCCCAUGAAAACGGUUGUCCGUGGAACGAGGUUACGAGUAUCGCGGCCGCAAAAUACGGGCACGUGGAUGUUUUGCGGUAUGCGCAUGAAAACGGUUGUCCAUGGAACGAGAACACGUGUAUGGCAGCCGCAAAACGUGGGCACAUGGACAUGCUGCGGUAUGCCCAUGAACACGGUUGUCCAUGGGACGUGAGAACGAGUAUCGCGGCCGCAAGCUACGGGCACCUGGAUGUCUUGCGGUAUGCCCAUGAAAACGGUUGUCCAUGGAACGAGGACACGUGUAUGGUGGCCGUAGUCUACGGACACAUGGAUGUCUUGCGGUAUGCGCAUGAAAACGGUUGUCCAUGGAACGAGAUCACGUGUAAGGCAGCCGCAAAACGUGGGCACAUGGACAUGCUGCGGUAUGCCCAUGAACACGGUUGUCCAUGGGACGUGAGAACGAGUAUCGCGGCCGCAAGCUACGGGCACCUGGAUGUCUUGCGGUAUGCCCAUGAAAACGGUUGUCCAUGGAACGAGGACACGUGUAUGGUGGCCGCAUUCUCCGGACACAUGGAUGUCCUGCGGUAUGCGCAUGAAAACGGUUGUCCAUGGAACGAGGACACGUGUAUGUGGGCCGCAGGCUGUGGGCAUAUUGAUGUGCUGCGGUAUGCCCAUGAACACGGCUGCCCGUGGGACAAACGUACGUGUGAUCUGGCCAGGAGAAACGGAAAAGGCUCAUGUCUACAAUAUGCGCUGGAAAAUGGGUGUUCAGAGAUUGAUGUAUCCCCGCAAGAAUAUCAAGAAUUGCAAGAAUGUGCACCAUCAUAGAUUAUAUUUUAUUAUAACUUUUAAUUAUCGCUGGUAACCGAUUAAACGAGCUAAAAUAAGUUGUAUUUUGUAAAUUGUAAUUUUUAUUUGUAAAAGAGUUAGGUGGGGGAUUGUCUCACCAAUUCCCAUUUUCUGAUGUAUUAAUUUGUUUUUAUCAAAUAAACUAUGGCG